UUUAAACUCAUUUACUGCGGAACUACAACAAUGGCGGACUCCAUGAUCGAAAACGUGUUCUACUCAUUCGUCCCAUCAUUUUGUGACAGUUCUGGUUCCAAACCGGCUCUAAGGCAGCUUGUUGAUAUUGCUGAAGACAGCAAACUCUUCACUUUACAGAAACCUGGAAAACUUCAGGAAAUUGUUAGCCAUAUCAACACUUGCCUGAACUCUGCAAAACAAAGAGUGGAAGGUUUGGUGUUGCUGGACAAGGUACUGGAACAAUGUGUCACAGAGAUAUUUACACAGAAUACACUCACGUGGAUUCGAUUCAUGAUACAAAUUUUCCAGUCACAUGAUCCACCAAGCAUACAACGUCUGGCAUGUUAUGUGUGCGGUAAAAUUCUGGAUGUGGUCAGUGACUUCACUUCCCUCAGCCGAGAGGUUACCUCCCUUGUACCACAGAUCAUUUCUGCCCUGCUGCUGGCACCAACAGAGUGGAGAAAUGAGGCAUGCCUCUGUAUCAACAGAUGUAUACUGAACUACCCAGGCCCCUGUGCCACAUUCAAGGGCAAGAUUGAUUCGUUUGUGGUGAAAGAGCUGUCUUGUGAUAUGGUACCAAAGGAAAUAGUGCAAUGCUUCGCUCUGCUGAGUCGGUGCGGGGGAGGAGGGAACAUGGGACUGAAACACACAGAAGGCUGGACUGUCCAGCUUGAUCGAGUGGUCAGCAGUCUGCGUGGGGUGCUUGACCUCCUCUACGAAGGACUGGAAACAGUAACACCAAACAUGAACGGGGAGGGCAGUACCAGGACCCUGCCCGUGGGGGAUGUGCCCACAUCCUCCCCCCAGAGGUACCACGUCCUCGUCUCCAGGUGCCACACCUACUCUAGUUGUUUGCAGGCCCUACUCAGUGAGAGUUUCCAGGCCCUAGUGAAGGUUCCAUCCCAACUCAUCCUCAACCUCAUCUGUCGCAUUCUCUCUGUUAACUGUAAAACAUUGACUGCUAGACCUUCUACACAGCGACUUUUGUUAGCCGGAUUUAUACCAUCUUUGCACAAAUUGGCCAUCUCUCUCCUCCACAGCCUCAUUAAAUGCUGUAAACAACACCUGCUGCCUCAUACCAAACUGGUGUUGACCCUCCUUGUACAGGAACUGGUGUGGAGCCACACAACACCUAACUACGGACAGGCUCGGCCCUACAGUGAGCUGAGGAGGAGUGUGUAUGGCUGUCUCUCGCUGUGGUUCCAAGUAUCCUACACCUUCGUGGAGACAUCCACAGAAGACUCGGCCUUGUGUGAGGAGAUUCUACUUGAUGCUGGAAUGCAACUUGACACACUCAAGCUUUCCAGCAGUAAAGGAGAUGGUUCCAGUAAGUCAGACUCCCAGCCGCCGCCGCCUCGUAAGAAGAAGAAGACUGGCUACCAGGAAAUAUCACAGGGUAUCAGUUCCCAGAGGAAGAUUGACAGGUCGGCAGGGGCAGAGCUUGUAACAUCAGCAUUGGAGGCCUUGUACUGGUGGCUCACAGCAGUUGGAUCUCAGGUGACACACAAAAUAUUACAGAGUAUACAGGAGUUUGCCAUUUCGACAUGCCUAGCAAUGUUCCAACAGAGGAAGAACACAGAGAUUCCAUACAGGGAUCCAUGUUGUAGAUACCAGUUACUGAGAGUACUGCUGGCCUGCUGUCUGGUACCCCACCCCUUGGCACCCUCACCUCUCCACUGCUCCCUAGGGAUCUUCAGGAUCGGGCUUAAUGACCAAGCCUGUAUGGUGAGCAACUUUUGUUUGGAGGCCCAGAGGACUCUGGAGGUGCUAAUUCAUCCUCGUGCACCCUGUCUAAAAGCCCCAGUGGUGGUCACCCAGGCACUAGUGGUUGGAGACAGGAAAGAGGCUCAGACCAGUGAGACCUCUGACACAGAUAAGAAUGUUAACGGUCAUCACAACACACAAAAUUCUCCAGAUACAUCACAUUCAAUGUGGCAACAGACUGUUCCUCAAAACAUGUCAUCUCGUAAAAGAUCUUUAAUAUUAAGUCAUAAAGAUUUAGCUACGGGAGACUCUGUUAGUAGCAGUAUAUUUUCCAGGACAGGAAGUGCUGAUAUAUCUGCAGAUGUUCAAAAAGAAAGUUUUUCUUUUAGUAAAAAAUCCAAAACUGUUGUAUCAAUGCCUACAAUGAUCAGUAGUCAUAGUGAUGAAAUGGAGGCAUCAACUUCAGGCCAUGUACAAGCUAUUCAACAAGUGAUGGUUGGAGAGAAGGACAAGUCUUCAAAAAGUGAUUCAGACAAUGCAAUGGAGAUUGGUGUUGACACCAGUACAUCUGUGGUUGAGAAUUACUCUGAGACAGAGGUCACAGAGUACACUAGCGUAACCAAGGAGACGGGGGAUAACGAUGUCACUGCAGUCACAGAACAGAAUUCAGUUUCCUGUGACACUGGAGUUGUUGAGGAUAAUGAGGGUUACAGUAAUAGGAAACAGCUGAGAAGGAAGUCUGUGAAAGCCAAAGAUUCCAAGGUCAGAGAAGUCAAGAAAGUCUUGGACAAAGAAAAUUCUGAGAAACAGGAGGAGGGAGAGGAGGAGCAGGAGGAGCAGGAGGAUAGCGAGCUAGUGUCAAUGUUGUCAUCCUUUGUGAAUACAGUGACAGACAGUGGUGAUGAUGAGGAUCUAUAGCCUGUUACAGCUGUAUCACCAUGACAACUGAACUGUAAUAGUUUUACAUGACACUUAAUGUUUGCUUUUUCGCUUUUAAAAACACCAACUCUUUAGUUGAAUAUGCUAUAAUAAAACAGAGGUGAAAAUUGCCAUUUGACAGGUAUUGAUAACAUGUUAAGUUUGUUGUAAGUGAACUGUAACAAUUUACAUAUGCAGAUGUUGCAUCAUAACUACUAGAAAAUCACGUCUUGUACAAUUGACCAUCAGAACAGAAACAAUAAAUGUACAAUGCAUAUAUGAAUAAAUAUAUUGUAUUA